CGUUCUGUUCCUGGAGGUAGUGCCAAAAAGGAUCUUUCCCAUCAACAGUGUUUUGUGGCAGUGUCCUGUGGAGUGUGAACCGUGUGCAUUCAACUAGUACCGAUUUGGGCGCUCUUAUCAGACAAUGGAUAAAAUUUGCCGCUCUCAAUUGCCGGAUUCUUCAUCAUCGCCACCAUUGAGUGGCAUCGGCUUUCACAGCUUCGACGAUGAGCUGAUGGCUGAUCUGCCGUCGUGCGUGUACGCACAGCACCAUCAGCUCGGUGCGGCCACCGGAAAUGGCGCCGGUGGCAGCACUAGUGGCCACAGCAGCCACACCAACAGUGCACCCAAUUUGCGGCUUAAUCCGGGCAGUUUACGGCAGAUGCAGCACCAGUACCUUCACCAUGCAGAAUGUCUGGAUUCGUCCACACCGCCCAGCCCGUCCUUGUCGACCACGAUGAGCCAUCCGUACAAUCCGCCACCGUACAAAAUGCAGCGCCAGCAGACGAAUGUUCGCGAACGCAAACGCAUGAUGCGUUCCGCUCCGAAUGGCAGCAUCAAUUCGGCAUUCGAUGAGCUGCGUGUUCACGUGCCGACGUUUCCGUACGAAAAGCGGCUCAGCAAAAUCGACACGCUCCGGCUGGCGAUUGCGUAUAUUGCGCUGUUACGCGAGGUCCUGGAAGCGGACUACGAUCCUUUGACAUAUGUGGAAAAGUGCCUCCGGGGCGAGAUCAAGGCCGACCGAGCGCACUGGAACACUAGUGAUUUAACCGCACGGCUCUCGUGGAUAAACUGGGAGAACCUCGGUGUACACCCGGGUCGCCGCACCAUUUUGACAUCCCUGGCGCUGGGUUCAUCGGAAAGUCUUGGCUGCGGACCACCACCGCAUCUAAUCUAGACUCAGAUGCAAUGCCACUUCUCUUCGAUGCUCUAAUGUCUUCCGUUCCGUUUCUAGUCGUAGUAAUGUGCACGCUAAAUGUAUUUCGAACAUGAUGGCUCCUAUUUAUUCGUCAUCUCGAUAACGCUUUCUUUCGCAUUCGUAGUCAGGCCUAUCGAUCCGGGGAGAUUAAAGCAAAACGAAUA